GAGAUUCACGAGGGCAAUAUCGUCAAACGUGCAAUGAUAAAUAAGUGGUGAUUCACUCGUUUGCGUGUACUCUUAUUUUCACGGUCCUGAAAGAGAUUAGGAUACACAGAAGCGAAAUCCCGGAGGCUAACCGUGGAUUUUCGAUCAUCAUCGUCAUCGGCGAAGAUCCGACGGUCGUCUUUCAUCGACCGAGUUGAAGACUCGGUGGUCCGGUGUAUGUUUUUUCUGUCUGUUCAUUGUGUCGGAGCGUAUGUUACGGCGAAGAGAUUCAUAUUCCUUUCGAAGACUUUAGAACCAUAAAUCGUCCAAUUGUAGAUUGGCGGCGAGUUUUUGGUGUUCCGCAGAAGAACAGGUAUUGAAAACCCUAGUUUUUGAUUUUGUACGCUUUGGUUGCUUUUUUCUCUUGUCGCCAGAGAAGAGAAUCGUUUUGUUCUCCAAGCCUCCAACUGCGAAGACUACACUUUCUAUUCCGUAUAGAACUUGGGGAACUGCCAGAUCUAUGAUUUCUGAAGGCGUAGCUACGGCUUUUUUCGGUCAACCUGGAUGUUAUUUGGUCCUUGAUUGAAGAUCAAGACAUGUGGAGCCGAACUCUUCGGUUUUGAAUGUUCCUGUGCUUGGCGAAGCUAUUUUUUCAUUAGAAUUUUGCUGGCAUUGCUAUAUCUUCAACGAUUUGGUUAUUGGCUUCUUGGUGCUUCUGUUUCUGUUACUGAAGAGUUCUCGACCUAGUGAGGUGUAAAAUUUGUCAGGAUCUACUUGAUCUAGGCAGAACUAAACCUAACAUGGGAAAUUGGCUUUGUGGAUGCGUUUUAGAGAGUUAUCCUCCUUGGACGCACCUUCAGAAUGCCGAGUAAUAAUAUUAAUUAACAUUGAAUUGAAAUAGAAAAGUUUCUAGGGUUUUCCUCAGUGUAUGUGAUGAUUUGAUGCGGCCAAUAUUGCCAGUGAACAAUUCCAGAGGUUUUAUAGUAUUGCAGAAUAUGUUGUAGAUACAGGCUGAUAGAUCCGUAACCUCUGGAAAUAAUAUAGAUUCAAGUCUUUGCCAGCCUCAAAGGCGAUUCUGCUGCUUAUUCAUGGGCUUUCUGCUACUUCUUUCCUCUCUGAUAAUAAACAUGGGAGAUCUGUUGAAGCUUUUUAUAAUGGAGAUUUGAUCUUAAGAAGCAUUAAUACCACUAGAAUUAAGAGUUUUUUUUGGGACCGUGUAUAGACGGAAGGUUACUAUCUGGACAGUGUUAAUGUUUGGUUUGAACAAAUGACUCGCGUAUGCCUUUGCCCUGGGAAUUUUGAAGCUACUGUGGAGUUGAAUAAGAAAAGAAACCAACAAACAGAAUCAUCCUGCAAUACUUGUGGUGGCAGAUUCUUAGUUCAUGGGAUAGGAACUAUUUCUGCAAAUAUGCUUAGUACAGUCCGUCUUGAAGUAUCUAAUUCUAUCAAUCCUGAGUUGAAUUGGAAGAAAGUCACAAAAGGAAGGCGCUCAAGGAAACCUACUAGUAGAAGCUUGAAUUGGGGAGGAAAACUGAAGAAUCAGAGUCCCAAGAGGGUAGGAGAUUUUUCAGGUUUUGAUUCUGACAAGUUUUGUGAGAUUGCCAGUGAGCAACGGGUUCCUGACAAAGCGGAGCACAUUCCUAUAAAGAAAAGGAGGCAUUUACUUCGGUCUAAAUCACCAUCCAAGGUACCUUUUGGUCUGCAGGAAGAGUCAUUGUCUCCUCAGUCAUUGGCUACUCCUACUCGAUCUGAAGAGCUUGAGCUGCUUUCUGAUCAUAAUCAUUCAUCAGGGCACAUGAGUUCAGAUUCUUAUUCCAGCAGUCAGUUGGCAGCACUAAAGUUUUGUAAUGGUAUUAGGAAUAACACUAUGGAUCUCAAGGACUGUUAUUACAACUCAGAGGACUUCUCAGGGAUUGCACUUCUUGCAGCAGCUGCAUGCAGUAAUGGCAUGGAUGACGACUCUGGUACUGAGAAGGAAGGUAGAGACCAAGUGGAAAAAGACAAUGUGACUCCUCAAAGUAGAGGUGGAUGCCCGGACUCUCUUGAAACUCUUUCAGUUAUUCCUCACGGUGUCGAUGAUGAGCAACUCAGGGAAGAUGAGAGAUCUGUUUCUCCAAAGGUCGACAGACUGCAUUGGGACCUCAACACUUUAAUGGAUUCAUGGGAGCAACCUUGUGAUGACCAAGUCACAGGAAAUUCCCAGAAUGAUGGUGAUGGUAGCAAAAAAGAAAAGUGUGAGAUAGACAUUGGUAAAGAACAAAUGGUUCCUGAAGUUUGUCAGCAUGAUACAGAGAAUUUUAUGCAUUCAGCUGAAAAGGAUACAAAAAUUUCAGCUUCAGUUUUGAAAACAGAUGGAAACAUGUCAGGAACAGUUUCUUGUCUUAACAGAACCUCUGUUAAGGAGGAGAUAUAUGAUUUGAACCUCAGAAAAGAUUUUGAAUCCUUGGAAAUCAAAUCCAUUGACAAAGGAAUUUCUGUUCAUGUUGAUGAGAAGGAUACAAAAAUUUCACCUUCAGUUUUGAAAACAGAUGAAAACCUGUCAGGAGCAGUCUCUUGUCUCAACAGAACCUCUGUUAAGGAGGAGAUAUAUGAUUUAAACCUCAGAAAAGAUAUUGAAUCCUUGGAAAUCACAUCCGUUGACAAAAGAAUUUCUGCUCAUGUUGAUGACAAGAAUAUGCCCCUUGGUGAUCAUCAUGCCAAUAAAUCAAUUCAUGCAUCAACAGCCUUAGUUUCUGAGGGAGCAUCAACUGUAGCCUCAGUUGGUGCUGUUGCUAUUCAGGACAGUGGAUAUACUCAGGAGUCUAUAAUGGAUGACCCUGCUUGUGGUACUGGCUCCAAAUGUGGAUACAAUGAAGAUCAUAUUAGAACUUGUCAACUACCUGAUGAUAAGAUUUUAGGGAGGAAUGUGACUGACACAGUUAUCUCUAAUGUUCUGGAUGUAGUAACUUCUCAUAGUACCUGUGAUGAAGCUGAUAACUGUCAUCCCUCAACAAAGUGUGAAGAUUUGUCUGUUUUAAAGGCCACAGUUGGUGAUGGUCAGCCUAUAGAAGGUGAAGUUAAGUGGCAAGAGAAGAUGGCCUCUGCUUCUAUUGCAAUCGGAGUGGAUUCUCAAGUGCAGUUUGAACCCAAGGAGCUUAGUUCAAGGUGUUCUGAUGGCUGUGGAUCUAAUGGAGUGGAGCUUACUUUUUUGCAAGGGUCGAGCAAAACCUUUAAGGAGGGGCCACAGGGUGAUGAUCUUGCUAGUCAUUCAAUGAAGAUUGGAUCAUUUCUCGAGGACUGCCACAGGUCAGAUAUUUCACAUGAGGAUCGUGGUCACACAAUUGUCUGUGAGGAUAUGAAUGGUUUUCAGGCUGGUUAUGACUCUCCAUUUGAGGAUGGGGAAUUAAGAGGAUCUGCUUUAUGCAGCUGGGAGGAAAAUGAGGCUGAUGGUGAGGUUGAAUGUGUUGACUAUGAUUCAGAUGGAAAUGUUGUGUUUUCAGAUGCUGCUGAUCACCAUGGCUCUGAAGUUGUUGAACCUGGUUCUGAGGGUUCACAAGGUUCAGAGAAGAGAGUUUCUUCAGCAAGUGGAGGUGUAGAAGCAGAUUUCAGUAAGAGUAGUAUGUCUUUGAAGAACCUGAGGGUACAGUCCAGGAGGUGUGAAGAUAAAAGUGACAUUGCUGGAAAGAAGGGAUCAGAUGCAGGUUUUGGUACCAUGGUACACCACUCUGCUGAUACAAGUGUCGAAGGAAAUGAUGAUCUGAAGAAAAGGCAUGGAUUUGGGUUCAGAUGGUCAUAUAAUGAGGAAUUUGGUUUGAGAACAGACAGAGGUAAGUUGCAGUCACGCAUUGAAGGGCCACUAUAUUUGGAUGCAACAGAUAGGAAGGACAGUAUACUGUUGCAGCACCGCAGGCCCCUUAGUCUUGGUUGCUCAUACACUAGACCUGAAAGAGAUUUUAGCCCUGAGAAAUUUGUGGGCAGAUAUAGAUCUGCAUUUCAUGUGCGGGACAGGAAUGCAGGCGAUGGUCACUGGGGCAGCUGGGAUUCAAGAAGUCGAUAUCCUUCUAUUCAUCAUGGCCCCGAGGGUCAUGGGAACCCCCGUAGAAGAAGCUUUGCUGAUUUGGCCGACAAGUUUGGUGGAAUGGAUUCUCGUGAUCAGAGACAAUCAAUAAAUUAUUCUUCAAAAGAUGUACAGAGGCCCCCAGGGUUUAGACGGAGGUUAUCAGUUGACCGAGAUGAUUGUUAUGAUGGUCCUAGGAGAGUGCUACCAGCUCGGUGGGGAGGAAUCAUUAAUAGAAAUAGCAGAGGCGGUUCUGGAGGUUAUUCUCAAAAAAAUACUAGAGGCUUCAGGCAGGAAGGCAAUUUGAAUUUACCUGAUGACGACGCACCAUCUGUUCGAAUGCGGCAUUAUUUAUCCAGGAGAGAUAGGAGCUUUUCUCCUUCAUCUGCCAAAUCUGGUCGCAUUUCCUUGCCUCGAAGGAAAUCUCGGUCACGUUCCAGGUCUUCUUCUCCCCGAGCUUGGCAUUCACAAAGGGAUUGGAAUAUGAGCAUGAGACGGCAGGGCAGAUCUCCUGAGUUGAGGACAGAGACUAGAAUGGAGAGAAUGAGGGUUCCUUUUAAGAAAUCAAGUUAUGUAGGUGAAUAUGGAGAGGGGUUUGUGUCCCCUACCAGACGUCACUUCUCCCCUGACCGGAAAUCUAGAUGGAUGGAAGACCAAAAUUUUGGGGUUGGUUCCCAGUUGAGGCGUGGCAGAUCCCCUGUGAGAGGGAUCAGGAGGAACCAAAGAUUUGAUGGAAUGGGAUCUGAUCGAUUGAAGUCAGAUGAUUACUUUAGACCAAUGAUACGGACCAGGAGAUUCCCUAUGAUGGGCAACACUGGAAGGGUAUCUAAGUUUGAGAACAAUUAUAAUGACAGUAGACACGAUGACAGAGGUGAGAUGAUGUUGCAUCAAGUGAGGCAUUCCGAUAAUACCAGCAUUGGAAGGAGGAUUGGACAUGAUGUAGAUGAUAAAUUUGAGGCAGCAGCAGCAGGUGGUAACUCUCAGAACAAUGAAGACAUUCAAAGUAGUGAUGUACAAGGGGGUGUUGGUAGUAGAGAGGAUAAGAGAACCUUUAUUAUACAACAACAGUAGUAGUGGGAGGAGGUAUUUGCUUUUCUUUUCCUUUCUUUGUUUACAUUUUCCUACUAUCCUAUCCUCGUGGCUGGCUGGGUAGAUUUUGCCUUGAGGAAACCUCACCAUGAAUGAAGACAAUAAGCAAUGGCCCUUGUUGUGCCUCUCUUCUCUUGGCUGGCUGGAGCCUGGAGGAAGUAGAUAGCAGCUAGCUCAUUCUACCGUCCAUCAAACUUUCCCUCUUUUUCUUUAGUGAAUAGGAAAAAUGAAAUAAAUUUUGUUGCUGAUCAAUUAAUUGGUUUUAUAUCUUUAGGAUAUCUUUUUCUCUUCUCUUGUUUUUUUUUUUUUGGAGGGGGUGGGGGAAGGCCACUUUAAUUUGUCUUACAAUGGCCUUUCUAUUGUACAUCUUGGUGGAGAAAGGACGUGGGAUGAAUAUUUUCUUUUGGUCAUAUCAUUAUCAGCUAAUGAUGCUUGUUGGCUUUCAAACUGUUACAUCUUUUUCACAAUAUUUGUCUUUCUUACUUUUUGUAA